AUACGGGAGAUCCACGUGAGCGCACCGAAACAAAGCCCGGACGUAUUCCCGCGAAGAAAACCGGAUUGGAUAAUCGGCGAUAGGUCCGGGCUUUGUAAUUGGGGGAUUUGGUUUCUGAUUUGGGGGUCCUUGGUCAAAAAGAAACGGCGAACAAUCAAAGGGGAGAGAGAGACGAGUGCUUAGUCGGCGCAGCAAUAGAGACUCCCCCCUCCCUUUUUGAUUCUUCAUAGCUCCGCCGCCGUCGAACGUCGUCGUCGUCGUCAGCAAUUGGUUGAGAUCGAACACUGAGGAGGCUAUGUGGUGGUUAAUUUGGUUGAAUUAGUCCCAGAGAGAAGAGAAUCGUUACUGUCUGGGCAUAUAGGAAUUGGUGCUAUUAAAAUGGAUUUGGUAGCUAGUUGCAAGGAGAAGUUGGCAUACUUUCGGAUAAAAGAGCUCAAGGAUGUUCUCACUCAGUUAGGUCUUUCAAAGCAGGGGAAGAAGCAGGAUCUUGUUGAACGGAUAUUGUCCCUUCUUUCUGAUGAGCAAGUUUCAAAAUUGUGGCCAAAGAAGAAUGCUGUUGGAAAGGAGCAGGUGGCAGAACUUGUCGAUGACACCUAUAGAAAAAUGCAGAUAUCUGGGGCUACCACCGAUUUAGCAUCGAAGGGACAGUGCAUCUCGGAUUGUAGUAAUGUGAAAGCUAAAGGCGAAAUUGAUGACCCCUUCCACUCAGAUAUGAAGGUUCGGUGUCUCUGUGGGAGUUCAUUAGAAACAGAGUCAAUGAUCAAGUGUGAGGAUUCAAGAUGUCAGGUGUGGCAACACAUGCGUUGCGUUAUAAUUACAGAAAAACCGAUGGAGGGCAAUCCGCCAAUUCCCCAAAAAUUUUACUGUGAACUCUGUCGACUAAGUCGGGCUGACCCGUUUUUGGUAACUGUGCUACAUCCUUUACAUCCCGUGAAGUUGAGUGUUACUAAUAUUCCGACUGAUGGCUCAAACCCUGUACAAAGUGUGGAUAGAACAUUUCAACUCACAAGAGCAGACAGGGACUUACUGUCCAAGUCUAAACAAGAUUACGAAGUUCAGGCUUGGUGUAUGCUUUUAAAUGAUAAAGUUCCCUUCAGGAUGCAAUGGCCACAGUAUGCAGAUCUACAGGUCAAUGGGGUGCCUGUUCGUGCAAUUAAUAGACCUGGGUCACAGCUUCUUGGAGCUAAUGGUCGUGAUGACGGUCCCAUUAUCACACAAUGCACGAGAGACGGAAUUAAUAAGAUUUCCUUAACAGGAUGUGAUGCACGUAUUUUCUGCAUAGGUGUUCGUAUUGUGAAGAAGCGGAAUGUCCAACAGAUUCUGAAUCUGAUUCCCAAGGAGUCUGAUGGUGAGCGGUUUGAAGACGCUCUUGCUCGUGUUUGUCGUUGUGUUGGUGGUGGGACUGCAAUGGAUAAUGAUGAUAGUGACAGUGAUUUGGAAGUUGUGGCAGAUUCAUUUACUGUCAACCUUCGAUGUCCAAUGAGUGGUUCAAGGAUGAAGGUUGCUGGUAGAUUUAAACCCUGUCUUCACAUGGGCUGUUUUGAUCUUCAUGUUUUUGUUGAAAUGAAUCAACGAUCAAGGAAGUGGCAAUGUCCGAUUUGUCUAAAGAACUACGCACUGGAGAAUGUUAUUGUUGAUCCUUAUUUUAAUCGUAUUGCUUCCAAGAUGAGGCAUUGCGGGGAAGAUGUUGCAGAGAUUGAGGUGAAGCCUGAUGGUUCUUGGCGAGCGAAAGUUAAAACUGAAACUGAACGCAGGGAACUUGGAGAACUUGGGCGAUGGCACCUUCCCGAUAGUACGCUUUGCAUUCCAACAAAUGGAGAAACUAUCCCAAAACCUGAAGUGUUCAAGCCGGUCAAACAGGAAGGUGUUUCAGAAGGUCAUACUGGUCUUAAACUUGGAAUAAGGAAAAACCGCAAUGGUGUUUGGGAAGUUAGCAGACCUGAAGAAAUGUACACCUCUUCUGGUAAUAAGUUACAACAGCAGUUUGGAGAACAUGAGCUUAAAGUUAUCCCAAUGAGUAGCAGUGCCACUGGGAGUGGUAGGGAUGGUGAAGAUGCGAGUGUAAAUCAGUACGGUGGUGGGAAUUUUGAUUUCACCACGAACAAUGGAAUAGAGAUGGAUUCUUUUUCUCCGAAUGUUGAUUCAGCAUAUGGAUUUGCGGGAGCAAAUUCUUCUGCACCAGUAGGAGAUGCAGAGGUUAUUGUACUUAGCGAUUCAGACGAGGACAUAAUGCCUUCUGAAACCAUUUAUGGUAAUAAUUUUACUGAUGCUGGUGGAAUUGGUUUUCCUGUGCACUCUUCUGGAAUUGCUGAUUCUUAUGGUGAAGAUCCUGUGCUUGCUAUUGGUGGUGGUUCAUGCUUGGGUCUUUUUAAUGGCAAUGAUGAUGAAUAUCUGUCCAACUGGCCACCAUUACCGCCUGGAACUCAAGGUGGUGCUGGAUUCCAAUUAUUUAGUUCUGAGGCAGAUCUACCAGAUCCCUUGGUCAGUCUUCACCAUGAUUCUGUAAAUUGUUCCACAUCUAUGAAUGGGUACACAUUGGCUCCAGAAGCUGCCUUGGGAUCUGCUACUCUAGCUCAUGAAUCAUCUGUUGGUCCUUUAGAUACUGACAUGAAUGAUGGCUUAGUUGACAACCCCUUGGCCUUUGCCGGUGAUGAUCCCUCUCUUCAGAUAUUUCUUCCGACAAGACCAUCAGAUGCAGCGCUUCAGUCCAAUUUGAGAGAUCGUUCUGAUGUGUCAAAUGGUGUUCAUUCAGAGGACUGGAUAUCUCUACGGUUAGGGGGUGAUGCCAGUGGCAUUAAAGGAGAAUCUGGAACUCCAAAUGGACAGAUUUCGAAAAGACAUCUACCGUCUAGAGAAGCUACAAUGAAUACUUUGGCUGAAGCUUCUUUGCUUCUCGGUAUGAAUAAUGACAGUGGCAGAUCUGACAAGAGAAGUAGGCCGAGAUCAAAUAGUCCCUUUUCAUUUCCUCGCCAAAAACGUUCUUCAAGAACACGGUUGUAUCUUUCAAUCGACUCUGACUCUGAAUAGAGGAUCUUGUAACCUUUCCUUUUCUUUUUUUCCUUUUGAGACAACUACCUGCGCUUCUUUAAUUGAAACCUCCCUCCAGUAGAAGGCAUUCCCUGGAGUAGUCCAAUGAUCAAGUAGAAGAUCUAGCUUGAUUCAAAAUUUGAAGAAAGACUUGUUUUGGGUUCCUGUUUGGUGUGAGGCGACAGGGGUAGGACAAGUUGCAAAUAUACUGUGUGCUUACAAGCACUUGUCCUGAAACUGCAUAGUUUCACCCUGAUUCUGCAAACUGCAUAGUUUCAUCAGGUACCCGAGUUUCUGAUACCUAUUGGGGUUCAGGUCUCAUUGAGUCGAGAUCUGCAGAUUGGUGCCUGUAUUUGCACAGGGGAUAGAGUUAAUGAAUCCAAAUAUGUGAUUGAAUCCAUCUUUAAAUCGUAGAUGCGGUGGGGGAACCCCAUCAAAGAUAUACAAAAUAGCUUGCCGUGUUUCGGUUUUGUAAUCAGAGCAAUAGCUUGUAAAUAUUCACUCAGAUCAGUUGUUUAUAGAAAGUCAUUUUUUUCUUUUCGAAAUUGAUACUUUUGUUAGUCUGCCACUGUUGAUGCCCAUUAUGUCGGUGCAUGAUAUUUCUAUCAACUUUGUAGUACAUGAAGCGUUGCCAUUCUAUAUAUCACUCUGAUAUCUCAGACUAGGACUGUUGAAAUUAGAGCAUUACAGUUACUGGUGUGGCUGUCUUGAGUGAUGAUAUAGCACGAGACUCAGAGUUUAACUUGUACUCGGGGUGAACUGAUUUCUUUUGCAAUAUGACAUUUUCUUUAUAUUUU